ACAGUGAUUCGCUACAUAGUUAUUUGGCGACAUCAAAUACAACGAACGUGUCCUGUAACUUUACCCUGGAGGAGUAUGCCUGUGCAUCGCUGAAAGACUUCACUGCAGAACACCUGGUGUCUCUUCUGAAAUGUAACCUGCCCGGCAACUCCUCUCACUCUAAAGAGACGUGGAAGGUUCUCCUCACCAAACUGACCUCUGUCUUAGACCAAGCUCUGGACAUGUUCUCCAAUAUGUCCAAACCUGUCAUUGGUCCAGCAGUAUCCCAGGUGCUCGAUGUGAUUGGAGAGAUCAGGGUCAACAGGCUGACUGAGGAUCAGCUGAGAGACAGUGAUGUCAUCAGGAAGUGGUUCUCUGGGCGUCUGAGAGUGUUCCUGCCGUCCGCAUCAGGAGGGUUUCUGCACUGCCUCAGCACCAAGAACCUCAGCUGUGACUCUUACCAACAGAUACUGAGGGAGUUCAGCAAUCAAUUUGACCAAAUGGACCAGAUGAGACAAGAGCUGGUGGUCAAAUACUUCAUCCAGCCCUUCCUGACCAAAAACUCCUCAGACUCUGGCUGUGUGUCCAACUCUAACAGCAGUGUGGACUGGCUGCAGAAGUACCUGGGGCGGUUUUCAGUCCUGGUGUCCCUCAGCGACCUGUUGAAACUCAACACAGACUUCUCUCCUUUGUCAGCCCUGGAGGUUCUCUCUCCAAAGCAGUCAGCAGAGCUGGUGGUGUUGCCUCUUCCUGGUCUUCCAGGGAAAGAUGUCAUCAUCAACACAGUGUUUGACUUCCUGUCUAAGUCACCAAAGGAGAGGAGACUCCCUGAGUUCCUGUACCACCUCAUGAGGCUGUCUGUGGUGACUCCAGUCGGGUGCACGGUCUACCAGACCAUUUUUGUGAGGCUGUACCAAGCCAUGUCAGCGUUGCCUCAACAGAUGGAGCCAAUCAUCUGGGCCAGUGUUUAUGACCUCACAGAAUCUGCACCAAUGGAUUGUUCUCUGGUACCAGUUAACCAACAGUGUCCAGUGUCAUCACACAAUGCAACAAGAGUCUGUGCUGGAGUUGACAGCUCGGCUCUACAACAGCUCUUGGACUCUGGGAUCUCGCCGGGACGUCUAUGUGACUACAGCAUCAAACAAUACGCCUGCUCACAGCUGAAAGACCUCAACGCUGAGAACCUGGUCACACUGCAGAAAUGUAAACUAUCGGAGAACAACACAGACUCCAAAGAGACCUGGAAGCUGUUCUUCACUAAAGCUUCUGCCGUUCUGGAUCAGGCUCUUGUACAUCUCUCCAACCAGUCCAAGCCUGUGAUUGGCCCAGCAGUAUCCCAGGUGCUGGAUGUGAUUGGAGAGAUCCGGGUCAACAGACUGACUGAGGAUCAGCUGAGAGACAGUGAUGUCAUCAGGAAGUGGUUCUCUGGGCGUCUGAGAGUGUUCCUGCCGUCUGCAUCAGGAGGGUUUCUGCACUGCCUCAGCACCAAGAACCUCAGCUGUGACUCUUACCAAGCUGUUUUUGUGACGUUGAGUGUGAAUUUUCCUGACACCACACUCCGAGGGCCCUCACUCCCUGUACACUUUGACAUGUACCACUGUUUGUCUGUGUCUGAGUCUCAGCUCCACGCAGUCGUGGGUGAACAGGGAGUACAGGAGAGGGCUCAGAACGCACCGUCUCCAGAGAUGGAGCCAGUUAUUCAGGCCAUUAUAGACAACCUGAUGCAGACCGCUCCAGAAGGGAAAGAUGUCAUCAUCAACACAGUGUUUGACUUCCUGACCGAGUCACCAAAGGAGAGGAGACUCCCUGAGUUCCUGUACCAUUGCCAGGCUCUCUGA